AUGAUGGAGAGCACGGGAGGGCCGUAUCUGAACACUGCUGCAGUGACAUCCCCUGUGGGAAUAGCUCGUUUGCUGCAGAUGACGUUUGGAUGCGCCACGUUCAGCCUGGUGGCCCACCAGGGGGGAUUCAGCGCAGCAUAUGGCACUUUCUGCAUGUUUGUCUGGACCUUCUGUUUCGCUAUCACCGUCUUCAUCAUCACCUGCGAAUUCACGCACCUGCACAGCUGCCUGAGCAUUUCCUGGGGGAACUUCACCGCUGCUUUUGCCAUGCUCGCCACGCUCAUGUCUGUCACGGCGGCGGUGAUCUACCCGCUCUACUUUGUCCAGCUCGGCUGUUACCCCAUCGGCUGUGAGGUGAGAGACUUUCGCAUCGCAGCCAGUGUCUUCGCAGGCCUCCUGUUCGUUGCGUACGCCGCUGAGGUGUUCUUAACCAGGGCAAAACCGGGACAAGUCACCAGCUACAUGGCCACCGUCUCGGGGCUCCUGAAAAUUGUGCAGGCCUUCGUGGCCUGCAUCAUCUUUGGGGCACUGGUGAACGACAGCCAGUAUAGCAAAUACGUGGCGACGCAGUGGUGUGUGGCCGUCUACAGCUUUUGCUUUGUGGUGACUGUGGUGGUAGUGGCCUUCAGCGUCACAGGUAAGACUGCCUUGCUGUGGUUCCCCUUCGAGCGCUCCGUGGUCAUCUACACCUUCGGGGCUGUGCUGCUCUACGUGAGCGCAGCCGUCAUCUGGCCGGUGUUCUGCUUUGACAGCAAGUACGGCUCCCCGCAGCGCCCCGGCCUCUGCGCCAAGGGCAGGUGCCCCUGGGACAGCCAGCUGGUGAUUGCCAUCUUCACCUACGUGAACCUGCUGCUCUACGUUGUGGACCUGGCGUACUCCCAGCGCAUCCGCUUCAUCUCACACCUCUGA